AACAUUAAAUUACAUUGGAAUAUAACAUUUAAUAACUUAACUAAUUAACUCAUUGUAACAUUGAUGUGGCAACUCUAUUAUGCUCUGCUGUGCACAAUUCUAAUUUGUACAUAGGUCACAAAUAAAGCUAUCCUCAGUCAAAUUGGAGCACAACUCAUGAGCCCACCUCCUGCACUGUCCCCACCUGUGAAUGAAAACAGGGGGAGAGAUGCCAAUUGAAAAGCUUUCUCUUACAAACGUACGGUGCAUUCGGAAGGUAUUCAGACCCCUUCCCUUUUCCCAUGUUUUGUUAAGUUACAGCCUUAUUGUAAAAUAUAUAUAUAUUUUAAAUGUCCUUAUCAAUCUAUACACAACACUCCAUAAUGACAAAUGGAAAACACGUUUUUAGACAUUUUAGCAAAUUGAUUAAAUAUAAAAAACAGAAAUGUCUUAUUUACAUAUGUAUUUAUACUCUUUGUUAUGAGACUCGGAAUUGAGCUCAGGUGCAUUCUGUUUCCAUUGAUCGUUCUUGAGAUGUUUCUACAACUUCAUUGGAGUCCACCUGUGGUAGAUUCCAUUGAUUGGUUAUGAUUUGGAAAGGCACACACCUGUCUAUAUAAGGUCCCACAGCUGACAGUGCAUGUCAGAGCAAAAACCAAGCCAUGAGGUCGAAGGAAUUGUUAGUAGAGCUCCGAGACAAGACUGUGUCGAGGGACAGAUCUGGGGAAGGGUACAAAAACAAUUCUGCAGCAUUAAUGGUCCCCAAGAACACAGUGGCCUUCAUCAUUCUUAAAUGGAAGAAAUUUGGAACCACCAAGACUCUUCCUAGAGCUGGCUGUUCAGCCAAACCUACCAAUCGGGGGAGAAGUGCCUUCGUCCAGGAGGUGACCAAGAACCCGAUGGUCACUCUGACAGAGCUCCAGAGUUCCUCUGUGGAGAUGGGAGAACCUUCCAGAAGGACAACCAUCUUUGCAGCACUCCAGCAAUCAUGUCUUUAUGGUAGAGUGGUCCAAAUGGAAUCCACUUCUCAGUAAAAGGCACAUGACAGCCCGCUUGGGGUUUGUCAAAAGGCACCUAAAGGACUCUCAGACCAUGAGAAACAAGAUUCUCUGGUCUGAUGAAACCAAGAUUGAACUCUUUGGCCUCAAUGCCAAGCGUCACGUCUGGAGGAAACCUGGCACCAUCCCUACAGUAAAGCAUGGUGGUGGCAGCAUCAUGCUGUGGUGAUGUUUUUCAGUGGCAGGGACUGAAAGAUUAGUCAAGAUCGAGGGAAAGAUGAACGGAGCAAAGUACAGAGAGAUCCUUGAUGAAAACCUGCUCCAGAGCGCUCAGUAUCUCCGACUGGGUGAAGGUUCAUCUGGGUGAAGACCCCCCUCCCAGGGUGCUGGUGUUGUCCCCAGGCAGCGUUUUGGUAUUGGCCUGUAGUGGUCAGGUGGAGGUGAACGGGCUGGAGGUGAUGGUUAACAGGGCCGAACACACCAGUGUCAUUACCGGAGUACCACCCACCACUGUCAGCACCACAACAGACACCACAUCUAAUGGAACUACAGUCAGUGCUAUAAAAGACGGCAGUGAUAAUGGAACUACAGUCAGUGUUAUAAAAGACGGCAGUGAUAAUGGAACUACAGUCAGUGUUAUAAAAGACGGCAGUGAUAUUGGAACUACAGUCAGUGUUAUAAAAGACGGCAGUGAUAAUGGAACUACAGUCAGUGUUAUAAAAGACGGCAGUGAUAAUGGAACUACAGUCAGUGUUAUAAAAGACGGCAGUGAUAAUGGAACUACAGUCAGUGUUAUAAAAGACGGCAGUGAUAAUGGAACUACAGUCAGUGUUAUAAAAGACGGCAGUGAUAAUGGAACUACAGUCAGUGUUAUAAAAGACGGCAGUGAUAAUGGAACUACAGUCAGUGUUAUAAAAGACGGCAGUGAUAAUGGAAUAGACACAUUUUCUACUGGAAAGGACACUGUUGUCCUUACCGUAACAGACACUCCUGUCAUAAGCUGGACAGAUGAUACCGGGACAGACAGUACGGAGAAAACCGUCAUCAGGAACACUCGUGCAGGAGACCACACCCCUCUUACUGUGAGAGAAGUUAACAAAGGGAAUGGAAAGAAUGUGGAAGAUGUAACAGAGGAGGAGCACAAAGGAGGAGGAGGAGAGCAGAGGGAUACAGGGUGGAGUCUUUACACUGUCAAUCAACCAGGACAUACAGAUACACAGAAACGAUUUCCUCAUACUGGGACAUCGCUCCAACCAACCAGAGACAGCGGAGUGGGAGGGGCUGACACUGAGCUGCCCUCUGAUCGGUGGACUGAUGCGAUGGACAGUGAGGAUGACUAUGAGGAAGAGGAGGAGGGGGGGAGGAUGGUGAGGGGGCUGAGAGGGAGGUCUCAGUGGAGACUGAACGGGAGGCCGCUGAUAGGAGGAGUAGUGGUGUUAGGGAGGAGAGGCGCCACUCUGACCCUGCCCUCCCUGGCGGUGGGUGACUCUGGGAACUACAGCUGCCACCGCGGGGGCAAACUGGUCUCUUCUCUGAGGGUGAGCGUGGCAGUUCCUCCAGAGAGGCCUAAGCUGUCCUGCUAUAAGAGGUCACCCAGCAGUAAGAUCCGCUGUGAUUGGACAGCCAGUCAACCGGUGACUCCUGUCCCUCAGUGCUACCUCCUCCUACGGAAAGGUCUAUCAGGGUCAUUCUCUCGUGUCAACUGUUCCUACUCCGCCCUGCUGUCUCGGUGUUGGUGUGCUAUAGGUCAUCAAGAGAAGGAGAGUAGAGAGCCACACCUGGCCUACCUGUGUGUCACUAACACUGCUGGCAACACCACCAGCCCUCUCCUAGACUUCACACCUCUGGACAUUAUUAAGCCAGACCCCCCCAGCUCAGUAGUGGUGAGGGGUGUGGAGGGGCAGGAGAAGAGACUGAGGGUGAGCUGGGCUGUUCCUCACUCCUGGAAAGAGAGAGACCGCUACCACGAGCUGCUCUAUGAGCUCAGAUACCACACCAUGCCACACGGAACACAGAUAAAAGGGACCACCACAGCCCGGUUCUACACUAUAGCAGAUGCGUUGUCAGGAGUACAGUACCUGAUCCAACUCAGAGCUAAGGAAGAGUUUGAUGGCCACUGGAGUGAAUGGAGCACGGCUGUCUUCGCCAACACCUGGACAGCCCCUGUGCCAACUGCGUUCAGCGAUCUUUCUCCUGUUAUGCAGGACUACACAGACUACACAGAUUCUGGCUCUGGUAUGACAGAAGAGACAUCAGUCUCUGAGUCUCGGGGUGAUGUGGAGGUGUGGCCUCAUGUCCUGUGGGUGGUUGCUUCCUGUGUGCUGCUGUCAAUCACUCUGUUGUCCGCCUACCUCUACAGGCACAGGGAGAGGUUCAUGUCUAAACUGUGGAGGUUGAGUCCCGUCUCCUCCUCUCCUGCUUGCCCCUCCCCCCCAGUCACAGCCGUGCCUACCCAGGAAGGACAUGCCCUCGUGAACUUUGACCACCCAAUCUACGGGGAACCUGUCCCACAGGAAGAAGAGAGGAAGGAGGAGGAUGAAGAGGAGGAAGAAGAGGAGAAGGGGGAAGUUAUUCGCUUUAACAACACAAGCUAUUUUCUGGUCCAGAGCAAAUGAUAUGCCUGCUCUUAAAACAAACCCCUUACCCUCUAUCCCAGGCCCUUACUGCUUGCCCCCUGUUCCCCUAGUCCAGGCUGGAGAAGCCCUGUUAUUUUACUCUUAUUUCACUGUUUGGAUGUGUGCAGUAUUUUGUUCUCAUUGGGGAAAAUGAGCCAGUAGAGUAAUGAUGUAAAUAUUAAUUUGUGUGUCUAUAAAAAAAGUAUUGGGUUUUUGUAAAUCAUUUUGUCAGAAUGAAAUAAAUAGUUUUGAAUACAAA